UCUGGUGAAUACCACCAUGUACAGACCAGGGGAAAAAGUGAAGCGUUGGAUGAAUAUUCAUGGUUCUAGUACAAGAUCUGUUGAAGUUGCUAGAGGAAGAGCAGGAUAUGGAUUUACCCUUUCUGGACAAGCUCCCUGUAUUCUUAGCUGUGUUUUGAAAGGAAGCCCUGCUGAUUAUGUGGGACUUAAAGCUGGAGAUAAAAUAUUUGCAAUAAAUGACAUCAAUGUGAAAAAGGCAUCCCAUGAAGAUGUGGUGAAGCUAAUAGGCAAAUGCUCUGGGGUUUUGCAUAUGGUCAUUGCUGAAGGGGUUGGCCACAAUGACUCAUGUUCAAGUGAUGAAGAAGUUGGGUUUUAUGAUGGGAAAGGGUGGCUAAAACCCAAACCUGACUCCAAAGUGUUGGGUAUAAACAGAGCAGAGAAGGUUGUGGAAGAAAUGCAGUCUGGUGGAAUUCUCAACAUGAUCUUUGAAAAUCCUAAUGUUCCUUCUGGUAACAUGAAGAGCUCAUCAAGAAAGCAAAUGCCAGCACAUGAAUCUGCUGCUGUUAGGUUAGAAGUGAGAUCUGAAAAUGUAAACAACCCAAAUAUGCUGUAUAAUGAGGAGCUCUCCAGAGUCAUGAAUGAUGAUUCAGUAUUUAGAGUUGGAAUGGAAAACGAGGAAUGUUUUGGCUUAGAUGCAAGUAUUUUAAAUGUGGCUAUGGUUGUGGGCUACCUAGGAUCAAUUGAACUUCCCUCUUCAGAUUCAAAUCUGGAAUAUGAUAGUUUGCAGGCUAUUCGUGGGUGCAUGAGACGUCUUCGGGCAGAACAAAAAAUCCAUUCAUUGGUAAUGAUGAAGAUUAUGCAUGACUGUAUUCAACUCUGCAGUGAUAAAUCCAGGGUGAUUGCAGAGUAUCCUGCAGAGAAGCUAGCAUUUAGUGCCAUAUGCCCUGAUGACAGAAGAUUUUUUGGGCUAGUUACAAUGCAGACCAUUGAUGAUACAAGUUUGGCUCAGGAGGAUGAAGCGGUUUUGAGGACAUCAUGUCACGUAUUUAUGGUGGAUCCAGAACUAUUUCACCAUAAAAUUCACCAAGGCAUUGCACAUCGUUUUGGUUUGGAAUGUACAGCAGAUCCAGAUACGAAUGGCUGUCUAGAAUUUCCAGUUUCAUCUCUGCCAGUUCUUCAGUUUGUCUCUGUUUUGUACAGAGAUAUGGGAGAAUUGAUUGAGGGAGUGCGGGCAAGGGCCUUCCUUGAAGGAGAUGAUGUUCAUCAGAACAACAGCAUGAGCAGUAAUAGUGAUAGUGGCAUUGGGAAUUUUAACCAAGAAGAGAAAGGGAAUAGAGUUUUGGUAGUUGACCUAGGAGGCAACUCAGCUAAACAUGCUCCUAGUAGUAUGCGGGAUAAUGUAGUAGGUAGAAGUCAAGCUAUUUCCCACUGGAGUACUUUUGGUCACGAACAAGAAGAAAACUCCUCUUUAGAGGUCAUAUUGCAGAAUGAUAAAUCUCAAAAUCAAAAUAAGUUUCUAGGUCCUUCAGCACGUAUUGAAGUUCCUGUAGUCUCUUCCCAAAUUUCAGUUCCAUCAUGCAAGAAAAAUUCUGUGGGCACUUCCAAUCAGAGAUGGCUGCCGGUUCAUGUGUUAAAAGAUUGGCAACAUGCAUGCAUAAGUGACCAAGAGUCAUACACGGAUUCUACAGAUGGCUGGUCAAGCAUUAACUGUGGUACUCUUCCCCCUCCAAUGAUGAAGAUUUAUCCUGCUGACAGAUACAGAGUUAAUGGCACCUUUGGUCAGCCUCAUCUAAUGUCUCAAAGGAAUGAAUGGUCUAAGAAGGGUUUUCGUACACCAAACACAUUUGACUCUCAACACAGUGUCAGAAAGACCAAGGAAGAUAAAAAGCGUUCAGUGUUUGGACAUCCUUCUGAAUUGGCACAAGCUCCCCAGCGUUCCUCUGCUAGAAGAUCAUUUGGACGGUCAAAGAGAUUCAGCAUUACUCGUUCACUUGAUGAUCUUGAGUCUGCAGCUGUGUCUGAUGGAGAGCUAAAUAGUACCGAUCUGAAAGAUUGUGUCAGUGACAAUAGCCUUAGCAGCAAUGCCAGUCUCCCAAGCGUCCAGAGCUGCCGACGGCUUCGUGAGAGGAGAGUUGCAAGCUGGGCAGUUUCAUUUGAACGGCUUCUUCAGGAUCCAGUUGGUGUUAGGUAUUUCUCUGAAUUCUUACGGAAGGAAUUCAGUGAAGAAAAUAUUUUAUUUUGGCAGGCCUGUGAAUAUUUUAACCAUGUACCCACUCAUGACAAAAAAGAGCUUUCUUUCAGAGCGCGGGAGAUCUUUAACAAAUUUUUAUGUAGCAAAGCUACAACCCCAGUGAAUAUUGAUAGCCAGGCCCAGCUGGCAGAUGAUGUUCUCAAUGCGCCACAUCCUGAUAUGUUCAAGGAUCAACAGCUUCAGAUUUUCAACUUGAUGAAGUUUGACAGCUAUACACGUUUUCUGAAAUCCCCACUUUACCAGGAAUGUAUUUUGGCAGAAGUAGAAGGCCAUCCUCUCCCUGAUCCACAAUAUGUUCCCAGCAGCCCUACUUCUAAGCACAGUUUUGGUUCUGAGCGGUCCAGUGUUUCAACACCAAAAAAGUUAAGUGGAAAAUCGAAGUCGGGGCGAUCCUUAAAUGAAGAAUCUGGAGAGGAAGACUCUGAGAGAAAGAGAAAAGGGACCUUUUUCUCGUGGUCUAGAAGCAAGAGUAUGGGGCGAUCACAGAAGAAAAAGGAGAAUGGUGAUUAUCCAAAUGAUUCUGUACAUGCCAAUGGGUUGUCCUAUAGACAUGAAUCUCAAGACUCGUUGUCAUCAGCUGCAAGUCUUGAAUUGUCUGACUCCUGCAGGGCAUCGGCACCUACAGCUGAGAAAGAGAAGUCUUCCAAAUGUUGCCAUAUCAGUCUUCCAGACGGCUCCUCCUAUACAAUGUCAGUCAGAUCGGGAUUCUCAAUCAAAGAGAUGUUGUUGGGGUUCUGCGAGAAACAUGGCAUUAAUAUAGCUGGAGUAGAUCUGUUCUUAAUUGGUGGCGAUAAGCCUCUUGUGUUGAAUCAGGACAGCAGCAUUUUAGAUUCUAGAGUUCUUCGUUUAGAAAAGCGUACUUUGUUUCGGUAAGAUCUCGUUCCUAUCAAUAGAUCUGUUGGCUUAAAGGCUAAACCCACCAAACCGGUAACAGAAGUCCUCCGGCCUGUAGUUGCAAAAUAUGGUUUAAAUCUUAAUCAUCUUGUGGCAAGGCUAAAUGGCGAUGAGGAGCCAUUAGACCUUGGUGUUCCCAUCUCUAAUCUGGACGGACAGCGGGUUAUUCUAGAUGAGAAGCUGCCAAUAAAGGGCAAAGACCAGGGAAAGGGGGCAUCACUGAAACACAAUGCAGCUGCAACUUCUAAUGCAAGGACUCAAGCAUCUACAGGAGAGGGAAGAACUCUAGGAAAGUCUAAUUCUAUUAAAAUAAAAGGAGAAAGUGGAAAAAAUGCUAGGGAUACCCGUCUAGCAAAAAGAGAAGAAUAUAUUGCACAGACUGGGAAAAAAAAGUGUCACAAAAUUAAUUUGGACGAAGCAGAGGAAUUUUUUGAACUCAUCUCCAAAGUGCAAAGCAACAGAGCAGAUGACCAGCGAGGGCUCCUGAGAAAAGAAGACCUGGUUUUGCCUGAUUUUCUUCACUUGCGUCCUUGUGCAGCUGCGCUCUCUUCCCCUACCCCUGAAAGAUCCCAAGACUGUGACAAGAUAAUUGUUCAAACCGCGAUCAAGGAGGAAGGCUUGCAGCCAAAUGGCAAGACAGACUUAAUGAAAAACAGCGGUGAAAGCUCAACACUCAAAACUGGCCCUUCAGAAAGUAAACAGAAACUGGUGGUCCUAGCCAAUCAAAACAGCCAGAAGAGCUGCAGCAUUCCUUUCGACACACCCCUCUCUCCCAUUCUACCUUUCCAGCCUGCCACUUCACGGAAAAGACAGUCCAAAGAACUGCCGGCAGGAAGUAUACAGACUAUUGAGGAUGAGAACAUGGCAGAUACGACUCUGGUGUCCGAGGGGGACAUUAGCAGUCCCAACAGUACGCUGCUGCCGCUGCAGCUUCCACCCACUUCUUCAGACAAAAGCCCUCUUACAGAAGCCAUACUUUCCCACCCCGUUUUACUAACAGGUAAUCAAGAAAAAUCCUCCAGUGACAAAGGCAAUCGGGUAUUCCCAGAUUUUGACUGUCUUUAAUAGGAAGUUAGAUUCAGGUGGGGGUCGCUGUGUUGGUCUGAAGC